GGCGCGGCGGCCCCUCCAGGAUAAGCACAUUGUUCCCCACCACCGCCGCCGCCGCCGCCGCCGCCACCGGGCUAUAAAAACCCGCCAAGCCCGGCAAGGUGCGGAUGCUUACUAUAGACCGACGCGACAGCGGCGCCCACAGCCCGGUUCUCCGUUGCGGCUUUUCGGAGCGAGCUCCUCGAAUCACAUCCACAGAGGCGCGCGUGGAAGCAACGCGAUUCGAGGGCGGGAGUCCCCGGCGUAAGCUGUGCCUACUGCCUGGGGCCAUGGACUCGGACGCCAGUCUGGUGUCCAGCCGCCCGUCGUCGCCGGAACCCGAUGACCUUUUUCUACCCGCCCGGAGCAAAGGCAGCGGCGGCGGCGGCGGCUUCUCGGGAGGCACCGUGUCCUCGUCCACACCGAGCGACUGCCCGCCGGAGCUGAGCACCGAGCUGCGCGGUGCCAUGGGCGCAGCGGGCACGCACCCCGGAGACAAGCUGGUCGGCGGCGGCUUCAAGUCAUCCUCAUCCAGCACCUCGUCGUCUACGUCGUCCGCGGCUGCGUCGUCCACCAAGAAGGACAAGAAGCAGAUGACGGAACCGGAGCUGCAGCAGCUGCGCCUCAAGAUAAACAGCCGCGAGCGCAAGCGCAUGCACGACCUAAACAUCGCCAUGGACGGGCUGCGCGAGGUCAUGCCCUAUGCGCACGGCCCUUCGGUGCGCAAGCUCUCCAAGAUCGCCACGCUGCUGCUGGCGCGCAACUACAUCCUCAUGCUCACCAACUCGCUGGAGGAGAUGAAGCGACUGGUGAGCGAGAUCUACGGCGGUCACCACGCCGGCUUCCACCCUUCGGCCUGCGGCGGCCUGGCGCACUCGGCGCCCCUGCCCGCCGCCACUGCUCACCCCGCGGCCGCCGCGCACGCCGCGCACCACCCGGCCGUGCACCACCCCAUCCUGCCGCCUGCCGCCGCCGCCGCUGCUGCCGCCGCUGCCGCCGCCGCGGUGUCCAGCGCCUCUCUGCCCGGCUCUGGGCUGUCGUCGGUCGGCUCUAUUCGGCCUCCACACGGCCUUCUGAAGUCUCCGUCGGCAGCCGCGGCGGCCCCGCUUGGGGCUGGGGGCGGCGGCAGCGGCAGCAGCGGCGGUUUCCAGCACUGGGGCGGCAUGCCCUGCCCCUGCAGCAUGUGCCAGGUGCCGCCGCCGCACCACCACGUGUCGGCCAUGGGUGCAGGCAGCCUUCCGCGUCUCACCUCUGAUGCCAAGUGAGCCGGCAGGUGCCGGCGCGUUCUGGCGAGUGGGGGUACCCGGAGGCUGCGGGGAAGGGAGGACUGGCCGGCGCUGCGGGCCAGGAGUUCAGCUCCGAGGAGGGGGC